AUGUCGGGAGGCGGAAUCACCUACCAUGGAGUGCCUGGCGCCCGCGGCACUCUCUUUAAGGAUUUGAAAUUCUUUGUUUCAAUGCGCGUUCCCGACAGGCUGACCAUCCUGGAUCUCAUCAAGCAAAAUGGCGGUACAAUUGCCAAGUUGGAAACCCAUGCAGACCACUACAUUACUCAUGACAGAGGGCCUACUCCCGCUGGGUCACUCGAUUGGAAGUUUGUCAAAGACUCUGUCGACAACGGCGCUAUACAGGAAAUGGAUAAGUAUGAAAUGCAUCGGACACCCAGAGCCUCGAGGCCUGUUGGCGGCCCUCGUCCUUUAGCCAAGUCUGCCCCUGCUAAAGGAACCCGCACCCCCUUCACCGCCACCGACGAUGCGAUUCUCACCAAAUGGGUGCUCUCGCAUGCGGCAAAUAAAAGAAGCGGCAAUGAGAUCUAUCAGGUAUUUGAGGAGAUGGUGAGUUCAGGUCUGAAGAUAUACGUCGUCGUCACUGUCACUAACGAAGCGCAGAACAAUCGUCAUACCUUGCAUUCUUGGAGGGACCGAUGGGUAAAGAAGUUGUCCAAGUUACCUCCAGCCGAGAUCGAGAAGUUGGCUGCUUCCGCUUCACAGAUCGCACUGCCGGCGCCACCAACAGCAACAACCUCUUCCAGCAGGCGUGAAACUAUGCGACCUAUAGAGAAGAAGGCACCUCUUCCGGUUGCCCAACAUACCCCACGAUUACCUACAGUGAAGGCAACGGCGAAGCCCAGCUCCUCUGCUCACCAGCCAGAUGUCAAAGCACCAUUAACUCCGGCGAAAAGAACCAAGUUCACCGGAGCAGAGGAUGAUUUGUUGAUACGCGAGGUCGGCAGAUUUGACGGCACGCCCGACACCAAAUUCUUCAAGAGGUUCUCGGAAAAACAUUCUAAUCACUCAGAGGGUGCAUGGAGACGGCAUUGGACACAGAUAUUGGAGCCGCGACUUCGGGAGAGCUCUAAGGAAAGCCUUGCGGAGAGCGGACCGUUGCCAGAAGAAUCCCCCACAGUCGACACAAAGGCUGGACCAGGCACAGCUCCUAGCGGCGAACCGAGCCGACAGAAUAAAAGCGACCAGAAGAAAAGGCCAAACGAUUCAGACGGCCGGCCCACGACCCUCAACAAGGAGACUACCGCACCAGUGGUCGCUCCAUCAGGGGCAAGCACAGUAGGAAAGAAAGACGACGGAAAACGGUUGCCAGAGACCAGAAUCGAAGAGUCCCAAGCUAUUUCAAGACAAUAUUUCUUCGACCAUUUGGAGGGCUACCGUGAAUUCAGAAGGCUCGAUACCCAAAUCAAGCCCGAAAUCAAUGAUUUGCCUAUCGACUUAUGGCGAUUGUGGCAAGCUGUGGGAGAUCAAUACCAGCAAGGAGCAAUCGAAACCAACUGGGCAACAGUGGCAGAUGUAUUGGGUCUCGAUGUUGGCACUGCUCAGUUGAUACAACAAUGCUACGCAGACUACAUCGCCGACUUCGCCGCCAGUGGUGUUUUGGAUGAACCUGACGUGGAAUCCGAUGAUGAUGAGGGUUCACAGUCUGGGGAAGAUGACGCUGGACCGGACGUGCAGAUAGAACCCUUCCAAACACACCUAGAGGUCACUCCCAGCGCUUCUAGAAAGAGGCAGGCAAUCAUUGUCGACACUGCUGGUCUUCCGUCGACACCAAACAGCAGGAAGAAGCGACAGCGUCUAGGCCCAGACGACGAGAUCCCAUCUACUCCCGACGAUAGGCUAGGUCUUGCAAGCUUUAAUAACUUAGGUCCUAGCCCCUCGCUAAGCGUCAGACGGUGGGCGAAUGGUGAAGGGCAAGUUGGGGAGGUCGAAGAGGUGGCCGCAGAAGAGGAGGAGCCUGAGCAGAUUCCAGCUGGCAAACCCCGUCGUUUGGAGCCCGAAACACAAGACUUUGGCUUCGAUGAUGCAUUCAACGCCCCUGACAAAUCGCAAGGCAGUGAUGAGUUCGACAUUUCACCGUCACAACAGCUUUUGGGUGAGAUAGAGUCUGUGACGCCUUUGCCUUUUUCUUACAAGAGAGAUAAGGGGAAGGGAAUCGACCGGGACCAACUAGCCCGAGGGUCACCCACCGAAGGGAGAGAGGUGGAGGGGGAGGAAGAUAGAGAGGCAGUCGAAACACGGGACGAACCGGGAGGUCGAGCCAUACCCGAUUCUCAAGAUUCAGCGGAUAAGACUGUCGAGCUCGAGGACCUCAUGGACCGCUUCAUCUCAUUUGGCUACCCGCGCGAGGAUAUCGUCUUGGCGUUGAUGGCUACUUCGCUUUGCACGCCGUUAGCUACUAGUCUCUUGAAGCACUUGAUAGAGCACAAACAGCUCCCCAACAAUUGGCAAGGAGUCUGGACGACAAAUGACGACGCAAGAUUAAGGCGCGUUGAUGCUGCUGGCUCAGAGGGCGGUCCAGAUGAGGCGAAGGUACAGAAAUAUUGGGAUUACCUGGAGUUGAAGCACACAAGGCUCCGGAUCGAUCAGAGGAGAACAUUUCUGGCUUAUCUGGAUGAUACCGGGCAGAGCUCUCAAUAA